UCAGAGAGGGCAAAAGGGAUCGUGAUUGGCCACAGUCUCUUCCUGUCCCGCCCCCUUCCCUGGGAAAGAGGAGGACUCGUUCCGGAAUCAUUGGCGGGGAGCAUCUAUCUGUACGAGAAGUGAGUGGGUGGAAUCCCCCAGGAAGGAAGAGCAAAACCCAGGAAGUGAGAAGCGGGGGAAGAAAGUCACCCCAGCAAGUCACCCCCCCCACUUCAGCUCAUGGGGAGGUGGCCUGUGUGGGGCUGAUGAUCCCUCUGCAGUUCCUCCCAAGCCAAGACAAGCUUCUGUGCAAAAGGAGGAGGCUUUGAGGAGACAGAAGCCAGUUUUCCAGCUGCUUGCCCUCAAUAGCUUUGCGGGACCCUAACGGGAAAGACUGACAGUGGUCCCUGGAGGAGGGGGAAAGGGGGAGAAGCAGAUCUGGCUGGAAUAUUUGGGGAGAAAAGAGGGGUGGGGGAGAGAAGGCUGUUGUGGGCAGCGGGGGACACACAGCCAGCCUUUUCGGGGAGGAGGCGCUGCAUUGGUCUGUGACUUGCAAAGGAAGGAACCUCCUUCGGGCCGUUCAGAUUUGGCUCCUUUUCUAUAAAGGGAAGCCUCUGUCAGGAGGUCCGAUAAUUCCCUUUCCUUAGUGAAAUGCCUCCACGACUUGGGGGUGUCCUACUUCUAGCACAGAACCACGUUUUUGCUUUGCAGUACUCAGUGGCGUCAUCCAUUACAGCAGUUCCUGCUGCAAGGACCAGUCUGUUGGUGAAACAACUUUGGCCUUCUUGGAGGCUGCCUAUGGAGCACAGAAUUGGCGGUGGAAAUGCAAGACUCAGGAGGCCCAGAGACCAUCAAGGCUGGGAGCAGUGAGGAAUUCUGGGAAAGGGCUCUGCAGGGAAUCCUGCAUGAGGACACACUCCCUUCAGAUGUACAACGCCAGUGCUUCAGGCAGUUCCGCUACCAGGAGGUUGAGGGACCCCGACAGGUGUGCAGCCGACUCCACCAGCUUUGCCGUCAGUGGCUCAAACCAGAGCAACACACAAAACACCAGAUCAUGGACUUCGUGAUCCUAGAGCAGUUUCUGACCAUCCUGCCCCCAGAGGUGGAGACCUGGGUGAGGGAAUGUGGAGCAGAGACCAGUUCGCAGGCAGUGGCCCUGGCAGAAGGUUUCCUCCUGAGCCAGGCAGAGGCCAAGAAGCAGGACCAGCAGCAGGUGCAGGGGCCAUUAGCAGAAGCAAACUUCUAUGUUUCUGAGGCAGAGAAGACUCUAUCAGACCCCAAACCAAAGCUGCUGCAAGGAGGGAGCUCUCAGGAGGUUCAUGCUGAUACCACUUCACUGGUUCAUGGAACAUCACUGGAGGUGGUGACAAGAUCAUGGCUCCUGUUUGUGGAGGCUUCUGCACAACCAGAUCAGAAGGUGAUGAGUGGAAAAUCAAGACUGAAGAAGAAGCAUGCGGGUCAUUAGUAGAAAAAGCAAAAUGUAAAAAGAAAGGACAACAAAGAAAAGCAACAAAAGAAAACCAAGAA